AUGAACAACGAGCAGCUCACGAACGUCGAGAAACUUCACUACCUCCGUUCGUCGGUAGAAGGCGCGCCAGCUCAACUGAUCGCAGGGUUCACCAUGGCAGGAGACUCACUUACGCCGUCCUGGGAGCUGCUCAAGGACCGCUACGAAAACAAACGUCUGCUCAUCCAUGCCUGCCUGGAUAAAUUAUUUGCCAGCUCAACCCCGGUGCCACGGAAGGCGGCGGCAUUGGAUCGACAUGUCUCAGGAUUCAGGGAGGCGCUCAAGGGACUGGAGGCCCUAGAGGUUAAGGAACAACUCGGGGAUUGCGCAGUGGUAUAUCAUGCCACGCGACUCCUAGACCGUGUGACGCGCGAGCAGUGGGAGAACUCGGUCGGAGCAUCGCGAGACUAUCCCACGUUCGAGAAGCUCGACGAGUUUCUGACGACGCGGAUCAGGGCUCUCGAACGGAUCGAGAGUACGACAGCUCAUCCUGGCCCCAGUACAGCCUCCUCACCAACAAGGAAGUCGGCAGCUCAGCAGGUGGCUUAUCAGGCGACUCAUCAGGGCGACUCGUCGUACCCGUGCGACCAUUGCAACGCGCACCACUUUAUAGUGAUGUGCACGAAGUUCCGUGAGUUGUCUGCACAGGACCGGCACAGGGUGGCGGUGACAAAGCGCCUGUGUUUCAACUGCCUGGGACGCCACAGCGUGCGAGCAUGCAAGUCCCAGCGCGGGUGCAAGAAGUGCUCGCAGCGGCAUCAUACGAUGCUCCACGACGCAUCAGCAACAACGUCGACCGCUCAAAAGCCUGGCGGCUCGCCGGCCUUGGCAGUGAUUAGCUCAUCGACAGUACAACACUCAGCGCGUCUGCUCAUUGACACAGGAUCCGAGCUCACCUUCGUCUCGGAGAAUCUCAUCCGGCAGCUCAACAUCCCUCGUCAAUACUCAGGUAUUGUCAUCACUGGAAUUGCAGGCAAGGAGUGUACUCGGACACGAGGAGUCGUGUCACUCACGUUACGCUCGACACAUUCCAACGCAGCUGCCACAAUUCAAGCUCAUGUCCUCCGGACAGUUACAUCAAUCUUACCAUCGUUCGAGGCGGAACCAGAAGAAUGGCCGCAUCUCAGGAACUUGGCAUUAGCCGAUCCUGAUUUUCUCAUCCCGCGGCCAGUUGACAUCCUCAUCGGCGCAGACGCUUACGGGCAAAUCAUCAAGUCCAAUGUCAUCAGGCAUUCUCCACUCAUGCCGAUAGCGCAACUCUCCAUUUUCGGAUGGCUCGUUCUUGGGCCAGUCAACAGGGAAGCAACACGCACAUCAACGCACCAUGCUUCUACUCAAGUCAACGAGGAUGCCCUCAACGAGUUACUGACAAAAUUCUGGGUUCAAGAGGAGGUGCCUACUCACGAUGUCAACCAACUCACUCCUGACAAGCAGAGGUGCGAAGAGCACUUCAAGGCCACACACUCUCGUGAUUCUUCAGGGAGGUACGUCGUCAGGAUUCCGCUCAAAUCACCAGUAUAUCUUCUGGGUGACUCGUACCACGUCGCCCAUCAGUGCCUCAAGGGAUUACGCAGACGAUUCUCAAGGGAUGUGAACUAUCAACGUCUCUAUCAACAAUUCAUGAUGGAGUACGAGACACUCAAUCACAUGACGAAGGCAUCAUCCAUCUCCAGUCGUCGCUCACACUUCUACCUACCACAUCACGGUGUUCUCAAGCCUGACAGUACAACAACGAAGCUGCGAGUCGUAUUUAAUGGCUCCAGCGCAUCAACAUCGGGCUACUCUGCGAACGACCUCAUGUAUACUGGAGCGAAAUUGCAUCUGAAUAUCUCAGAUGUUCUCCUCUGGAUACGAAGACACCGUCACAUUUUCGCUACGGACAUCACCAAGAUGUACAGGCAGAUCAAAAUUCACAAGGAUGACUGGGAGUUGCAACGGAUACUCUGGAUGGACGAUCAACUCAAUGAAGUGCCAUAUCAUCUGACAACCGUCACCUACGGGACAAAGGCCGCGCCGUUCUUGGCCGUUAGGACGCUGUUACAACUAGCAGAGGACGAAGGACAUAAAUAUCCACUGGCUGUGCCAUCCAUCACUCAUGGCAGGUAUGUCGAUGACAUAUUUGGUGGUGCAGAUAAGAUUCAACAAUUGCAGGAGGUCGCACAUCAACUAAAGGGCCUCUGCAUGGCAGGCGGCUUCCCACUAGCAAAAUGGCAUGCUACUCAUCUCGACAUACUCAAGACUGUCACCGACAGCGAAGACCAAGGCUUACCAAUCACAUUCGACGAUUGCGCAACCAAGAUACUCGGACUAAAAUGGCUCCCUCAAGAAGAUACAUUUGCAUUCUCAACGCGAAGCUCACGCAAGGAAGGCAGGCUCACAAAACGCCUCGUAUUAUCUGAAGUGGCUCAGAUAUUCGAUCCACUUGGCUUUGCAUCACCCGUCGUGAUCAAGGCCAAAAUUCUCUUGCAGGAGCUGUGGCUGCACAAGCUCCAAUGGGAUGAUCCACUGCCAUCCCAGCUCUCAACCCGGUGGCUCUCCAUCAGAGAAGAACUCACAAGUCUGGCCAGACUCUCAAUACCUCGGUGGCUCAAUACAUGGAGCGACUCGCAAGUGGAACUUCAUGGAUUCUCUGAUGCUUCUCAAUUGGCAAUGGCUGCAGUCAUAUACAUAUCCGUUCACGACUCAGACGGCGCCACGUUCUCACUUGUGUGCUCCAAAACUAAG